AUGGGAACGUUGAUUGACAGAUUUGAUGAGCAUGAUGGUCCUGUUCGGGGAGUCCAUUUUCACAAGACUCAACCGCUUUUCGUCUCAGGAGGCGAUGAUUACAAGAUCAAGGUGUGGAACUACAAGACCCGCCGUUGCCUCUUCACGCUGCUGGGCCACCUGGACUACAUCCGCACCGUCCAAUUCCAUCAGGAAUACCCGUGGAUCGUGAGCGCCAGCGAUGACCAGACGAUCCGCAUCUGGAACUGGCAGUCGCGCAACUGCAUCUCCGUGCUCACAGGUCACAACCACUACGUCAUGUGCGCCGCCUUCCACCCCAAGGAGGAUCUCGUCGUGUCGGCCUCGCUCGACCAGACCGUGCGCGUGUGGGACAUCGGCGCGCUGCGCAAGAAGUCCGUUGCGCCGUCGGAGGACGUGGUGCGCCUGCCGCAGAUGAACUCCGAUCUGUUCGGCGGAGGGGACGCGGUGGUCAAGCACGUGCUGGAGGGGCACGACCGCGGGGUCAACUGGGCCGCGUUCCACCCCUCGCUGCCGCUCAUCGUCUCCGGCGCUGACGACCGUCAAGUGAAGCUGUGGCGCAUGAACGACACCAAGGCGUGGGAGGUGGACACGCUGCGCGGGCACGUGAACAACGUCUCAUGCGUUCUCUUCCACGCGCGCCAGGACAUCAUCGUGUCCAACUCCGAGGACAAGAGCAUCCGCGUGUGGGACAUGUCCAAGCGCACCAGCGCGCAGUCCUUCCGCCGCGAGCACGACCGCUUCUGGAUCCUCGCCGCGCACCCCGAAAUGAACCUCCUGGCCGCGGGGCACGACAGCGGCAUGAUCGUCUUCAAGCUGGAGCGCGAGCGCCCUGCGUAUGCCGUCCACGGCAACAUCCUGUACUAUGUCAAGGACCGUUACAUCCGCACGUACGAGUUUGGCUCUGGCCGCGAUAACCCACUCAUCUCCAUCCGCCGCCCGGGCACCACGGGCAGCAACCAGGGCCCGCGCGCGCUUUCUUACAACCCCGCGGAGAACUCCGUUCUGAUCUGCUCCGAUGCGGACGGCGGCAGCUACGAGCUGUACACCGUUCCCAAGGACGCCGGGCGUGGGGGCGGCGCGGCGGAAGCGCCAGAGGCGAAGCGGGGCGCGGGGACGUCCGCUGUGUUUGUGGCGCGGAACAGGUUUGCUGUGCUGGACAAGAGCCACGACCAGAUCGUGAUUAAGAACCUGCGCAACGAGGUCACCAAGAAGUGCCCCCCGCCUGUCGCCUCCACGGACGCGAUUUUCUACGCUGGCACUGGGUCUCUGCUCUGCCGCUCCGACGAUAAGGUCGUUCUGUUUGACGUGCAGCAGCGGGCUGCGAUUGCGGAGCUGACGACUCCGUUUGUGAAGUAUGUGGUUUGGUCGGCGGAUAUGAACCACGUGGCACUGCUGUCCAAGCACGCGAUCAUCAUCGCGAACAAGCGCCUGGCGCACCGCUGCACGGUGCACGAGACGAUCCGCGUGAAGAGCGGAGGGUGGGACGACUCGGGCGUGUUCAUCUACACCACUCUGAACCACCUCAAGUACUGCCUCCCCAACGGCGACAGCGGCAUCAUCCGAACCCUCGACGUGCCCGUGUAUAUCACCAAGGUGGAGGCCGGUGCUGUGUACUGCCUGGACCGCGACGGGAAGAUGCGUGUGGUGCAGAUCGAUUCCACUGAGUAUAUGUUCAAGCUGGCGCUGAUUCAGCGCAAGUACGACCAGGUGCUUGCUAUGAUCCGCAGCUUCCAGCUGUGCGGGCAGAGUAUCAUUGCGUACCUGCAGCAGAAGGGGUUCCCGGACGUGGCGCUGCACUUUGUGAAGGACGAGCGCACGCGCUUCAACCUGGCGAUUGAGUGCGGGAACAUUGAGGUGGCGCUGGCGUCCGCGCAUGAGAUUGACCACAAGGACACCUGGUACCGCCUGGGCGUGGAGGCGCUCCGCCAGGGUAACCACCAGAUUGUCGAGUUUUCCUACCAGAAGACUAAGAACUUUGAGCGCCUCUCCUUCCUGUAUCUGAUCACGGGGAAUCUGGAGAAGCUGGGUAAGAUGCUGAAGAUUGCUGAGAUGCGCAAUGAUGUGAUGGGGCGCUUCCACAAUGCGCUGUACCUUGGGGAUGUCGAGGAGCGGGUGAAGAUCCUGGAGGAGUCUGGGCACGCGCCGCUGGCGUAUGUUACUGCGGCCGUGCAUGGGCUGGAGGAGACGGCUGCUCGUCUGGCGGAGGAGCUGGGCGACCGCGUGCCUCCCCUCCCUGCGGACGGCACUGCGAAGCUGCUGCUGCCCCCCACGCCCAUCCUGCGCCAGGACAACUGGCCGCUGCUGAACGUGAGCAAGGGUAUUAUGUGGGAUUUCGGGGAUGCUGGCGCUGCCGCGGCUGCUGGCGCGGACGAGGAGGUGGGAGCAGGGUGGGGCGACGUGGAUAUCCCGGAUGUGGGCGAGGGGGCGGAGGGAGAGGCGGAGGAGGGCGAGGGUGAGGAGGAGCGCGAGGGCGAGGGCGAGGACGACGAGGACGGGUGGGGAGGCAUUGACGUGGAUAUUCCCGACGAUGGAGGCGCGGGCGACGUGGGCUCUGGUGCCGAUACCACCUUCUUCGUGGCGCCCAGCCCUGGCAUCCCUGUCACGCAGAAGUGGGCCCAGAAGACGCCUCUUGCGGGAGAGCUCGCAGCAGCAGGCGCGUUCGAUGCGGCCAUGCGCCAGCUCAGCCGCCAGCUGGGCAUCAAGAACUUCGCCCCGCUGCGCCAGGGCAUGCUGGACCUGUCUCUUGCCAGCCAGACCUCCCUCCCGGCCCUCCCCUCUGUCCCUGCCAUCGCCCUGGGGAUGGAGGCUGGGUGGACGGAGACGUCUCCUCCGAAUGUGUGGGCGCACCCGUCCAUGGCGUUCCGCCUGAGUGCGCUGGAUGAGAAGCUGAACGCGGCGUACAAGAUGACCACGGAGGGCAAGUUCACGGACGCUCUGCGCCUCUUCCUGGGCAUCCUGCAGACGAUCCCGCUGCUGGUGGUGGAGACGCGCAAGGAGGUGGAUGAGGUGAAGGAGCUGCUGGGGAUUUCCAAGGAGUACACGCUCGCUCUGCGCAUCGAGCUCAAGAGAAAGGAGACCCGCGACAACCCCGCCCGCCAGGCCGAGCUGGCAGCCUACUUCACGCACUGCAAGCUGCAACCAGCUCACCUGAAGCUCAGCCUGCAGGCAGCCAUGGCUGCCGGCUUCAAGCUCAAGCUAUUUGCCACCACGGCCAGCAUCUGCCGUCGCCUCCUCGAGCUGAACCCCACUGCCGGCGUGGCCACCAAGGUGCGGAAGAUCCUGGCAGAGUGCGAGAAGAACCCGCGCGACGAGCAGCAGCUGAACUACGACCCGCGCAACCCGUUUGUUGUCUGCGGGUCGACUUUCGUGCCGAUUUACCGUGGCAGCAGGGAUUCCUUCUGCCCUUACUGCGGGGCCCGCUUCGUGCCGGAGUGUGCGGGGUCUGUGUGUGCUGUGUGUGAUCUGGCUGUGGUGGGCGCGGAUGCUUCUGGGCUUGUGUGCUCUAUGAGCCAGAUUCGAUGA